AACCUCCCUGCUAGGAGGGUCAUUUUCCGACAACCAAGGAUUGGUCGUGAUUUUAUUGAUGGAACUAGGUACAAACAGAUGGCUGGACGGGCUGGACGAACUGGAAUAGAUACAAAAGGGGAAAGUGUACUGAUUUGCAAACCUGAGGAGGUCAAAAGAAUUUGUGGACUUCUCAAUGAGAGUUGUCCACCAUUGUAUUCUUGUCUCUCUGAAGAUAAGAAUGGAAUGACUCAUGCAAUCUUGGAAGUUGUGGCUAGCGGAAUUGUUCAAACUGCUAAUGAUAUUAAUCGAUAUGUUAGGUGCACUCUUCUUAAUUCCACCAAGCCAUUUCAAGAUGUGGUUAAAUCAGCACAGGAUUCUCUUAGGUGGUUAUGCCACAGAAAAUUUCUUGAAUGGAAUGAAUAUACUAAGUUAUACAGCACCACUCCUCUUGGACGGGCAGCUUUUGGCAGUUCUCUCUGUCCUGAAGAAUCACUUGUUGUGCUGGAUGAUCUUUCAAGGGCACGAGAAGGAUUUGUUCUUGCAUCUGAUUUGCAUCUAGUUUACUUAGUGACACCCAUUAAUGUUGAUGUUGAGCCAGAUUGGGAAUUGUUCUAUGAAAGGUUCAUGCAAUUGUCUGCUCUUGACCAGGUAAACUGUUUUCUGUGCCUUUGAGGCAGCAUUAGGCUCCUUUAAUUCCAGGUCAAUAGAUCAUAAUCUUACAAAAUUGAAGUUCUAUGUUGCUUCAAACUCAUUUCUUCUCUAUGCAUUCAAGCGUUUACUGGUUUC